GAGAGAGGGGGAAUGAGGGUGUGAGAUUGCUGUGUUCAAAGACCCCGCUGAUCAUAUGGCGCAGGAGCCGAACAGUGUUAGGACUACCGUGUGUUGUGGUGAUCAGUGAAGAAAUUCGUUGGUUUUUGGAUAACUUUUUUGGAUUAUGUAUGUUUGAAUGUUUCAGUUGGGGUCACAAUGAAGCAGCGAGGAGCCCCACCCCUGCUACAGUGGGUGGUGGCUGUCUGGUUGUGUGUGGUGACGUCACCACUCGCUCUGGGGCAAUCAACGGCCACUGGGGGUUCAGCUAGUGCACUGACAGAGGACAACUUUGCCUUCACCCUCCCUACGUACAACGGAACCAUCUACGAGAACACAAUAGGCAAGGCGUACGUCCAGACGCCGCAGCGAAUGGGCAUCCUCCUCAAACGCCCAAGCUCCAUCGACAUGGAGUAUACUAUCGUGGGAGGUGACCCCCGGGGAGUCUUCAAAGCCGAGACCACCACGGUCAAGGAUUUCUGCUUCCUCAGGAUCCGAACUCAAACCGUUAACUACGGUAUGCUGAACCGGGAGUUGAACUCGAUGUUUCACCUCCGCGUGAAGGCGCGAGGGAGUUACCCCGGAGACAUCGUUCUGGAGUCGUUCAGUAACGUAGUCGUGACGGUGCUGGACCAGAAUGAGUUCAGUCCUUUGUUCUCGAGCGUCCCCUAUGACGUCAGCAUUCCAGAAGACACACCCCUUCAUCAGAGUAUCGGGCAGGUCAAGGCGUCUGACGCUGACGUAGGCAUUAACGGGGAGAUCUACUACAGCUUCGUGCAGGCUACCCUCAUGUUCGCCAUCCACCCCGCCACGGGGGUCAUCUCACUGUCCAGACCGGUCCGCUACGCCGGCAGGAAGAAGUACGAGCUGGACAUCCUGGCACAAGAUCGCGGGAUCACCUCCCCUGGGAGAAGCUCCUCCCCCAACAGUUUCACAAAGUUCACGGUGAAUAUCCUUCCGGUCAACUACCACCCUCCGUCUAUCAAGGUGGACAGCCACGACAGUCUGAUAGAACACGGGAACAUCGGGUCAGUCUUCGCCGUUCUGACCAUCUCUGACCAGGACAUCGGCCCUAACGGGAACAUCGGCGGUGUGGCCAUAGAGAGAGACACACUCGGAUUCUUCAACCUGAUCGCGGACAACUCUAACGGUCUGUACAACUUGGUGGUCGUGACGUCAGUGGACAGAGAGGCGAUGCCGGAAAAUUACAACGUGACGGUCAUCGCUGUGGAUAAGGGCACACCCCCUAAGACGUCCACUUCCACAAUUCCAGUCCCUGUAGUGGACAUCAACGAUAACGAGCCGGAGUUUGAACACAACGUCUACGAAGUUCAGCUCUCGGAAAUCGCUCCCGGGAACUCGUUUGUCGUCAUCGUCCAAGCCACAGAUAAAGACAUCGGAUCGAAUGCCGAAGUCCGCUACAGCAUCGUGGACGGGAACGAGAGGCUUCUGUUUAGCAUCGAUCCCCUGUCGGGUCUGAUUCUCACUUCCGGGCGCCUGGACGCAGAACGUGACCUCAAAAUCACGCUGGUCGUCCAAGCGCAAGACCAGGCCAACAGCGGCUCCCGGAAAACCGGUCAGGCGCGGGUUAUAAUAGACGUAAAAGAUUUCAAUGACAACGCACCGAUCUUUAACCUAGCUCAGGAUUAUGUGGAUGUGAGGGAGAAUCUACCUAAAGGUGCCGAGGUGUUGACGGUGACCGCCAGUGAUGAAGACAGCGGGGACAACGGGAAACUCAGCUACAGUAUCGUCAACUCGGACCGUGUCCCUUUCCACAUAGACGCCUUCACGGGUGUGAUUACCACGGCGGAGGUCCUUGAUUUCGAGACGAUGCGGAGAAAAUACGAGCUUCAUCUCCGAGUGAGCGACUGGGGAACACCUUUCAAGAGAGAGGAGGACAUGGUACUCACUGUGCGCGUACAGGAUGUUAACGACAACAGCCCCGAGUUUGAGAAGAUCAAGUGUUCUGGUUAUCUCUCGCGCGAGUCGCCUCAGAAGCUGGAAGUUCUUGUUCUCACCGCUAUAGAUUUCGAUUCCGGGAAUAUCAUAACGUACAGCAUCACCGAGGGAAAUGAUGAUGAUUGUUUCUCCAUCGUUCCUUCAACUGGCUCUAUUUCAGUCAACUGUGACAUGUCUCGCUAUCACGACGGUCCCCGUGUCUUGACCGUUGUUGCCAGUGAUGGUCAACAUGUGUCCACUCCCACAACCGUCGAGCUGACGUUAGUCAACAAUAAACGGAACCCGUCACUCGCUAUGGAUGACGUCAGAGUGAGCUGUGAGACGACAGACGUUGCUUCUCGACUGCAGGAACAAAUCCAAAAGUCAAAAGAGGCGAACGCGGAUACCCAGUCUUUGGUGCUUGAUAGGAGACCCAAAACGAGGAACCAUCAACCAACCAUCGCCAAAACGUUUUCCGACUAUUAUGAAGUAUCGGAAAAGGCCGCUGUCGGCUCUAUUGUAAUGUCUCUCGCCCCCAGCGUGACCGACAUCGACACCGGUUACGACGGUCAGCUCGUCUACGUCAUAGCGGACGGCGAUGACACACACGGUCACUUCAACCUGGAGACCUUUACGGGAAAACUGACUGUUCUCUCCCCGCUUGACCACGAGACAAAAUCAGCUUACCGUCUGAAACUGACCGUCUCCGACCUGGGCCAGCCACAGCUGACGGCCACCAUAGAGGUGAGGAUUGCUGUACUGGACGAGAACGACAACGCCCCUGUGUUUGAAAAGUCCUUCUACUCACGGAAGGUCAACGAAAAGACGAUGGUCAAUUCUACCGUCCUCCAGGUAACGGCCUCAGACGUGGACACGGGGGACAACGGAGAUGUUCGAUACUCCAUCGUGUCCGACGACCAAGAUUUCUUCAUCGACCCUCACCACGGCGUCAUCAAGGUCAAACGGGCGCUUGACCGUGAACUCCGACCUUACCAGGCACUGGUAGUACAAGCUUCGGACAGUGGUCACUCCGUGAGGCUCUCGUCCACCACCGUGGUCAAUAUCACGAUCACGGACGUCAACGACAACCGUCCUGUGUUUGUACCCAAGGACUACCUCGUCCGUGUCCGUGAGGAUUUACCUGUCGGCGCCGUCAUAAGCACGCUCACGGCCCACGACCUGGACGAAGGCGCCAACGGGCACGUGACAUACUCAUUCACUGACGGUCUCCACCCGAACUUCGAGGUGGACGCGCUGACCGGCUCAGUCCGGAUCACGCGCAAACUGGACUACGAGACCCAACAAGUCUACGUCAUCAGCGGGUUGGCCGAGGACGGGGGUGAGCCCUCUCUCUCCUCCACGUGUUUGCUCACCAUCGAGGUGAUGGACGUGAAUGAGAAUCUGUUCGCACCCGAGUUCCCGGAUUUCAUCGCGCGUGGAUAUGUCGCUGAGAAUCUUCCCAUUGGAUCGUAUGUGAUGCACGUGCAAGCUGAGGACUAUGACGAGUCGAGCAGCGGAGUGGGACAGGUGUUCUAUACCAUUCAGGACGGGACUGGAUUAGGCAGGUUCACCAUCGACGUCAAUG